AUGUCUCCAACAUUACAUUCCAAUAAAUUUAAAAUAGCUGAAGAUGCUAUAUCAACUCGCUUUUCAACUCGAGUAUCGGGUAAUACCGAAAAAGUUGAAGAAAUAUCAUACCGGUCGGAUAUUUCGUCGAAUAUUAUGUCAAAUUUUCUGGCUAAACCAUCUAAGAAUGAUAACACCGACUGCACCCAUGAUCGUAAUAUAAUGCCGAUCAAACGAAAUGUCAGUAAUUUAAAAAUCUGUUACAGUGAUUUGUUACUAGACUCUUUAACAUUGUUACUCGUUUUCGUUACGUUAAUAAUAACCGAUCAUAUGUUGGCCGGCUUUUGUUUUAUCGAAGCAAGUAACCGACUAAAGGAUGAAAAAUAUUUCCAAUUUGCCGAUAAUUCCGAUUCCGAAUAUCUCAAACCGGUGCACGACUUUCAAGAUUUUAACGAUAUCAGCUCUGUUGAUAGCACUAACAACAACGAGUUAAACGACAGAGGUGAUGAUAUUAAUAAUAAUAUCACAGACUUUAACAACAACGACGUUUUAGACAACAACUCUAGUGAAAAAACCGCCAACAAUCCCAGAGAUAAUAACAGCAACACCAUUCAUAAAGAUACUGACACUAUCAUUAGCAAAAGUAACAACAGCAUCAACAAUAACAUCAUCCUCAACAACAACAUCAUCCUCAACAACAACAUCACCACCACCAACAACAACAUCAUCAACAACAACAACAACAAAUAUCAAGUUCCCCAGAACCCAGUCGCCUAUGGAAUUCCAAAAUCCUCUCCAACACCACUGCCUCAACAACAACCAAACAAACUCACAAUAAACUCUACACAACUAAAAAACCCAAAAACACACCAACGGUUUUUUCGACUACCAGUCGGCGUCAUUGUGGUCAUAGUUUUAGCCGGACUAUGUGCCAUAGCGGGACUUAUAUACGGAUACGUCUACUUCACUAAAGUUAACCGAAAUGGGCUAAAUAACCACGGGAAAGCUUUGGUGAACGUAGUCAAGCCACCCAAACAUGGGUCCGAAAUGUUGAGGGUGGCCCAUGUUUAUGAAGAUGAUAGGGUAAGAGAGGGGGCCCUUACGAACGUACCCCCGUCGACCCAUGUUUUUUUGUUUAAAUGGAAAAGGGAGCGAUAUUACCAGCGAUAUAAUAACAAGCUCUCUUCUCUUGCUCUUUAA